GCGGAUAAAGAGCCCGCACACACGGAACUGUGGUGGAAAUAAGGUAAAGAAGAGGCAAGAGAGGAAGAGGAAAAGAACGAGAACCAGGAAGAGCUGGACUAAGCAUCGUUGAUGACUGCUUUGUUUCUUCAGCAUGUUGCACCGCGUUCAUUCUUCUCUGGAACCCGCGUUUGUGUUUCUGUGGACUCCAAAAAUAUAAGAGGGAUUCCUCGUUCUGACCCUUCCGCGGGAGAUGUUGGAGCCAUCUCUGCGAUUCGGGGUACCAAAGGCUUGGCGAGGACAAACCGGACUGGAUUUUUUUUCUUCUACAAAGACACACUUUUUGCCUGUGGAAAGCAGUAGAUACGUCUUAUGUUAUUUUGCCUGCUGCUGUUGUUUUUUUUUUAAAAUUCAAAACAGCGUGCAAUCAGUGGGCUCCCCUUCCAUCCCGCUUGGCAUUUGAAAUGAAGCGGCAGAUUAACUACGGAAUUGAAGCAUGGAGCAUUUGGUGUAGAAUGAAACUGUGCAGUUAGUUUCAAACGAGUCCAACGGUUCACCUUACCCUCGAAGGGCCCCCGAGAGACGUCCUCCUGCCCACGAUGAUGAAUUCCACCCUGGAUCCAUUGAACCUGAGCUCUGCUGACCUGCCGAACUUCACUGCUCCCUUUUGCCUGCUUGAGAUCAGCUAUUCCGAAAUCUUCACCACCUGCCUGCUCGAAGUCUCCAUUAUCCUUCUCCUCACCGUUCUGAUUAUUUCAGGCAACUUGGUGGUGAUUUUUGUUUUUCACUGCGCCCCUUUGCUGAGCCAGCACACCACCAGCGCUUUCAUCCAGACGAUGGCGUACGCCGAUUUGCUUGUGGGUGUCAGCUGCCUCUUCCCCUCCUUGUCCUUAUUGCAUCACCUCCAAGGUCUUGACCCCAAACUCACCUGCCAGGUGUUUGGAUACCUGGUGUCCGUUUUGAAGUCCGUCUCCAUGGCGUCGUUGGCAUGCGUGAGCGUGGACCGCUACAUCGCCAUCACGCAACCCCUGACCUACGCGGCCCUGGUGACACCGUGUCGGGUGCGCUGCUGCAUCAUUCUGAUUUGGUUGUACUCGGCACUGGUGUUUCUGCCGUCAUUCCUCGGUUGGGGGAAGCCCGGUUACCACGGCGACGUGGUGGAGUGGUGCGCUGUCAAGUGGAGGACCCAGCCGGCCUUCACCACCUUGAUUGUCGUGCUUCUCUAUGCGCCCGCCGCUCUCACGGUCUGCUUCACUUACGCCAACAUCUUCAAGAUCUGCCAGCAGCACACGCGGGAGAUCAGCGAACGUCAGGCGCGCUACCGACCCCAACCGCACCCAGAUCCGGCUUUGACAUCGGGAUCUUUGUCCAAGGACAGUGGCGAGCUGGACCAAAGGCAUUCUCCUGGCUUAUUCAAACCUCAGAAACACCACCAUCAACACCCGCAUUAUCAACAACCCUGUUCCACAUACCCGGAUAAACGGUAUGCCAUGGUACUGUUCCGCAUUACCAGCGUUUUCUACAUCCUCUGGUUGCCCUACAUCAUUUACUUUCUGUUGGAGAGCGGUGGACUCUACCAUCACCCGGCGGCGUCUUUCCUCACCACUUGGCUGGCCAUCAGUAACAGCUUCUGUAACUGCCUCAUCUACAGCCUCUCCAACUCCGCCUUCAGGAAGGGCCUCAAGCGUCUCUGCUCGUACUGCUUACAGCGCAGCGGCAGCGGCUUCGGCGUCAGGAAACCCAAAAAGGCUUUCAUCGGUUCUAUCGACCAGGGAUGUACUGUGGCAGGGUACGGAUCCGGCCACGGAGAGAUAGGAAUUGGCACAACGUGUCAUGUGUAGUGGCCUCGUCGGGGACAGCUUUGCGCCACGUUUGGCGUUUCAACGGCUCGGCUGAAGUGUCUCUCCUCUGCAAAAUGAAAUGUUGCCACGAAGAGAUGGAAGGAGGCGUGAUUGUGCCACUGCUUUUUCCAUCACAUUUGGAGGUUACACAGACGUCCUCUCUGCUCACGCCACGCCUGGCAGCUGGGGGGAGUCUGGCGUGAGCCGCUGAAGGAUAAACUGGGCUAAAUAGGCUUACAAGGUGUCAUUCGUCCAUGGGAGGGGACAGUCGUAAAAGUUGGAUGGGAUUGUUUCUUUUUUUGUUUUUCUUGUUGUUGUUAAGGCAACACAAUGCAAGGAUUGAGGAUUGUCAUGAAUGAAGCGUACGUCAGUUGAGAAAACGACGCGAAUGCAAACAGAACAUUACGUCGGAAGCAAGCUGAAGUCUUAAUAUAUGAACUACUUGGGAGGUGUUCUUGCCCUUCGCUGCACUUAGAAUAAGAGUUAUGUGUCAAGUUAGUGUAUGUUCAAAUCAGUGAAUGACACCGUCUGGCUGCGCGUAAUCCGUGAAGAAUAAACACAACAGAAACAAUGUCGAGGUAGACCGUAUGGCUUCUAUCAAUUUUCUAGCGGUUUCGACAAGAUACUCAGCCCUCGAUGGAAAUUCCUUGGGUUCAAAUGAAUGGCUUUGACUGUUUUCCAAACACUGCAGUAUUAUUAUUUUUUUUUUAAACUCCGUUCUCUUGUUGCAUGUAAUGCAGUUGACACUCCAAUUUUCUCUGCUGUAUGUUCAUUUCAUUGCUUGGCUAUUGUGUAACUCGGUGUAAGUGUCAAUCAAAACAAGAGAGCAGAUGUUUUUACACCAACUGUACGCUGAUAACCGGUACAUAAUUAUUAUCCCCACCCCGCUGUUAUCUGGUACAUCUUUUGCCUGCAAACACGUUACAUUUUGUGGUCAACUCCACAUCCCGAAUAUGAAGAACUGCCUUGUUCCAUCGAGCGCAGCGGUAGUUCGAUUCAGCAUUGUGAUCACUGUAAUGUACCUGUCCGUUUGCACAUAACCGUUGACCAUCACAGGACAACACACACACACACACACACACACACACACACACACACACACGCACACACACACACACACACACACACACACACACACACACACACACACAGAAAAAACAAAACAGAGAGGCCAUUCUCUCUGGUUCCAAAGUUCCCCUGAAAAGAGAGUGACCCCUGAGACCCGCACGUCUCUUGUGUGCAUGCGUGUAUUGUAUGUUUCCAUCAUCUCUUCAUCUGUGCUUUUCGGAACGUGCUGGAACGUCACAUUCAGCAAGCUGAAUAGAUCCGUUGUAAGAAUACAAAGCGCGGAAAAAGAUAACUUAGCUUUAUGUACAGUACCUUAUGUUGUAUACCAAAGAGAGUUGAUGUGUGCUUAAAAAUUUUUCAGUUGGUAACCGGUAUGGAGAUGAAAUAUUUGAGGCGGCGCUGCACUUUUGGUGAAGACCCGCAAAACUGUGAAGCGCCGUUUGAAGUCAUUCAUUCUUGCGUUGAAAUACAAAUUGAAGUGGGCUUGCGUUACUCUUCCGUUUCUAGAGGGCUGAGUUUUGUCGACACGCGACUGUUAGACAGGGUGCUGUCAAUUUUACGUGGGACCGUUUGUACUUUUCAACAGCUGACUUGUCAGGCUGGCAUGUUUUCAUGAUGUUGUUUUUUCUCGCACACCGGAGCGUCUGCAACUCGGUUCGGGUGUACUGGAACGCGACCAACGGCUGAACAAGACUGUUAAUUGAAGCGAGGGUGCUAACGCAGUUUUUUUUUUUUUCCGCCUGUCAUUGCUCGAGGAUAUUUGAAGUGUUUUUGUGGGUGUACAGUUUUGUAAUUAGGAUGACUUAAUUCAUGAUAGAUUCACGUGUUGUCUUACAAAAUGCUGUCAUUUGUGAAGCAGUGCCAAAUACAGUACGAUAAUCGCUCAUGUUGCUACCUUGUGUCGUCCACCGCGUUGUCAGUGUCAAGAAAUGGCAUAUUGAAUGUGUGCGUCGAUGUUAUUGUGAAGAUGGCUUCUGCCUCAUUUCUAACUGCAAUUGUAUUUAUUAUGAAAGUGCAUCUUUCCCUUGGCAGAUUUUAUUGAGGCGAUUCUACUGUAACUUGUUUUUUCUGGAUUGCAAUCUACUGAAGUGAUCAGAAUUUAUCAAGUUUUUUUUUCUCUUU